GACCGAACGGCCGGGAACGCGGCUCUUCGGAAGGCAGGAGCUCGCUCCCAGCCGCGAGGCCGGCGGCUGUUUGGUUUCCCCCACAAUAACCGUUCCGGAGCAGGAUUUCGUGGGGAAAGGAACCCACGGUGGGAGAAUUUCGGCAGUCGGAGACCCUCCUUUGCCCGUGGCUCCACGGAGGGAACCGGAAGUGCCGCCAUUUUAGAGCGUCCGGAGAAUCACUUCGACGCAAGCGUUAGGUCAGAGAGGAAGGUUUUUUUUUUUUCUGGAAGCGGAAGGAGAAGCUUCGUGCUGGAGAUCGAUUCCUGCCGGACGGGAAGUGAAAAGGACCCUGGGGUGUGUGUGUGUGUGUGUGUGUUUCAGGGCUUUUAAGACCAUCUUUUAAAUUGCUGCUUGUCAGGUCAUUGGAGAAAAAUCUAGUUAACCAUGGCGGAGGUGGAGAACCUCGAGGUGAUGAUAAAAACCUUGGACUCUCAAACAAGAACAUUCACAGUAGAAGGAGAGAUCACCGUGAAAGAGUUCAAGGAGCACAUAGCGGGCUCAGUCAACAUUCCCUCCGAAAAACAGCGCCUCAUCUAUCAAGGGAGAGUCCUACAAGAUGACAAGAAAUUGAAAGAAUACAAUGUUGGAGGCAAAGUCAUCCACUUGGUGGAACGCGCACCUCCCCAGACCCAGUCGCCCUCGGGGGGGCCUUCAGGAGCAGGCUUGUCCUCCACCCCUCACAACAACACGGGACCCCGGGGCUCAGGUUCCACUGUCCAUGACCGCAACGCCAACAGUUACGUUAUGGUGGGAACCUUCAACUUACCAAACGAUGGAUCGUCUGUGGACGUUCAUAUAAAUAUGGACCAGGCUCCUAUUCAGAGUGAACCUCGUGUCCGUCUUGUUAUGGCCCAGCAUAUGUUACGGGACAUUCAAGGUAUCCUGAACCGACUAGAGGUGAGCCAAUUUCUAACCCCGAAGCAGGAAUGUAGAAUCGCUGCCCGGAAACUCCUUCCCAGGCCCCUGGAAAUCACCUGUCCCCCCCUUUUUCUCCAGGGUAACACCAGCGACCACGCCGCUGCGGGACCCGAGGAUAUGCCAUCUGCCAGCCCGACCGAAAGGGAACCGAUGACGGGCACCGAAUCGGAGCCUCCCCAGGAGCCCACGCCAGCAGAGGAAACGCCGCCCUCUGGGAGUGAGCCACCCCCCGGGGCCGAAGCAGCCGCCCCCAACCACCCGUCCCCUGGAGAGUACGUGGAGGUUCUGGGCGAGCUUCGUGGGUUGGAAAGCAGACUCCAGCCUUUCCUGCAGAGGUACGAGGAGGUCCUGGGAACUGCUGGCACCGCCGACUACAACAACAACACGGAAGGGCGCGAAGAGGACCAACGCAUUAUCAACUUGGUGGGGGAGUCUCUGCGCCUUCUGGGUAACACCUUUGUAGCCCUCUCGGACUUGCGCUGCAAUCUCUCCUGCAACGCCCCCCGCCACCUCCAUGUGGUGCGGCCGAUGUCCCAUUACACAGCUCCCAUGGUCCUGCAGCAAGCUGCCAUCCCCAUCCAGAUUAACGUUGGAACCACCGUCACCAUGACGGGCAACGGUGGCCGCACCGUCCAGACCAACUUGGAAGGCUCUGCUGCCGCCGCUGCCGCCCAGGCCCCUCCCACAGCCCAGCCUCGCAGUUCCAGCCCCGUGGAGUCAACCCAACCCUCCGAAGGCUCGCCUCCUUCCCUCUCCCCGGGGGUCACCCCUAUCCUGCCUCAGGCCUCCCAAACAGGGCACCCCCGUGUCAUCCGCAUUUCACAUCAGACGGUCGAGCCUGUGGUUAUGAUGCACAUGAAUAUACAGGACUCCGGCUCCCAGUUGGGCAGCGGCAGUUCCGGCGGAAUGCCACCGAUGGGGCCAGCCGGUUCAACCGGACACUCCCAAGGGAUGGGCAGCGGUGCCCACAUGCCCCUACCCAGCCUCCCACCGGAGUUCAUGCAGGCCAUGGCCCACCAGAUAACGCAACAAGCCAUGGCAGCUGCGGCCUCAGCAGCUACAGGCCAGCAGGUCCCCAGCUUCCCGUCAGCCCCGGCCCGCGUAGUGAUUGCCAGGCCUUCCCCUCCUUCUGUGCGGCCCACCCACGUGGGGCCUCCCCCGGCAGCAGGACAAGGGGGCCCAGGCAUGGGCGGCAAUGCUUCCUUGGCCCAGAUGAUCAGCGGAUUGGUGGGACAGCUUCUCAUGCAGCCCGUGAUAGUGGCUCAGGGCGGCGGGACUUCCUCGUCGACUUCUUCCUCCGCCAGCAGCCAAGCGACGUUCAGCACCAGCACCUCUGCCUCCCCUCCCACAGCCUCAGCCAGCGCUGGCACCACCAACACGGCCACGACGGCUGCAGGGGGCAGUUCAGCUGGGGCCCCGGGAGGUCCCAUCCCUUCGGGCCAGAGUCCUGCAGCCGCCACCGAACUCCAGUUCUCUCAACUGCUGGGGAACAUCCUGGGGGCAGCGGGCUCCAGCAUGGCCGGGGUGGCCGGGAUGGGGUCUCCCACCAUCACGGUGGCUAUGCCCGGCGUGCCUGCUUUCCUGCAAGGCAUGACAGACUUCCUUCAGGCGACACAGAUGGGGGGAGGCCCCCCAAACCCUCCUGAGCAGAUGGCCCCUCCUCCGCAGCCGGCCGCCUCUCCUUCGCCCCCUCCCCCCUCGGCCCCACAAGGAGGACCGGAGGGUUUCUCGGCCGGCCUGGGCAGCGGCGGCCACGGCGGCCGUGGGGGCGCCUCAGCGGACGCUUUGCCUCCCGAGUUCUUCACCAGCGUGGUCCAGGGGGUGCUGUCCUCGAUGAUGGGCUCCCUCAGCGCCCAGCAGGGCAGCAUGGAGAGCAUCGCCGACUUCAUUCAGCGCCUCAGCGGCACCAGCAACAUCUUUGAGCCGGGCACGGAAGGCGCGCUGGGCUUCUUUGGAGACCUGCUGUCUUUGAUCUGCCAGAACUUCUCCAUGGUUGACAUGGUGAUGCUGCUUCACGGCCAGUUCCAGCCCCUGCAGCGGAUUCAGCCCCAGCUCAGCCGCUUCUUCCGGGAAGAGUACCUGCACGGCCAGGAGCCCACCGACCGCAACGUCCGGAUGGCCACCUACAGUUUGAUUAAUGGCUUGGAGGAAUACGUCCGGGAGAGUUUUGCCUCGGUUCAAGUCCAAGAUGGAGUUGACAUCACCCGGACCAAUCUGGAGUUCCUUCAGGAGCAGUUCAACCGAAUCGCCACACAUAUCUUGCACUGCACCGAUCACACUUUUGGCUACCGACUACUUGAGCUGUGUAACCAGGGUCUCUUUGAGUGCUUGGCGCUGAACCUUUACUGCUUGCGAGGGGAGCAGACGGCUCUCACCACAGUCAUCAAUGACCGCAUUAGGCGGAUGUCGGCAGACAUGAACCCGUCCUUGGUGAGCUGGCUCACCACCAUGAUGAGCAUGCGCCUGCAAGUGAUCCUGGAGCACAUGCCAGUCACAGAGGAACAGAUCUUGCAAUAUGUCCGCAGGGUGGGCGACCUCCCCCAGCCUGCUCCCGAAGAGCCCAUGGAUGUCCAGAUUGCAGAACAGGCUCCAGAGACCGUGCAGCGAGAGACGGCAGCCUCCCCGGCCCCAGCCACGACAGCAGAGGAAGCCAUGCCCCAGCAGCGAGGGGAGCCGGAACGUGAAGAAUUGCAGCAGGGGGAGCCCCCUGCCCCCGAUGUGGAACCCUGGGCCGCUGCUGUGCCCCCUGAGUGGGUACCCAUCAUCCGGGAGGACAUCCAGAGCCAGCGCAAGCUCAAGCAACAGCCGCCCCUCAGUGAUGCUUACCUGAGCGGCAUGCCAGCUAAGCGGCGCAAGACAAUGCAGGGUGAUGGACCCCCGUUGCUCCUGUCAGAGGCCGUCAACAAAGCUGCGAGAGUGGUCGGAGUAAAACCUUUGACGAGCGCCGAGAGCUUGAACCGAGACCUUGCUGAUCCAGCACUGCAAGAUGGCUACCAGCAGCAGUUGAAAUCCGAUCUGCAGGAGAGACUUCAGGCCGAUCCCAGUUUCACUCCUCAGCGCUUUCCCAGUGCCCAGCAGGCCUUCGUGGCUGAAGACUCCUAAAAGAGGCUGGCCGGAAGCGCCUGAGCCCGAGGCCGGUUCCUCAAGGCCGGCUUCACUGUCCACAUGCGCGUGAUGCAGACACCCCACUCCUUUCUCAGGCCAAAUAUUUAAAUUCCAUUUAUUUUCCCCCAUGGUUGCAGUGACUUUCCCCCCCUCCCCCCGUGGAGUGUCCAAGCCGCUGCCAAAAUCAAUAAAGAUAACCCGUAUGUCCAGGA